AUGGGCGCGCUCGACUACACCACCCUUCAAUCCAUCCCCAUCAGCUACGCGACAUGCUCGCUCGGAUCGCCCUCAAACCCUCCGCCACUCCUCGAUCGCCUCCACGCUAUAUCCGCCGCAGGUUUCAGUGCAGUCGAGCUUUCCUUCCCAGACAUCCUGUCCUACGGCCAAACUCUCCUCGGCCAUGAAGCCGAACCAUCCAACUACGACGAACUAUGCAAAGUAGCCGCCGAGAUCAAGAAAGAAUGCGACAAGCGAAACCUCGGGAUCAUGAUGUUGCAGCCCUUUGCCAACUAUGAAGGCUGGCCUGAAGGUUCCGACGGCCGCAAAGACGCCCUGGAGCGCGCUCGCGGCUGGAUCCGCAUCAUGCAGGCCUGUGGGACGGAUAUGCUGCAAGUUGGAUCGACAGAUGCACCGCUCGAGAAACUGGAUAGGAGCAAGAUGGUUUCUGAUCUCCAGGUGCUAUGCGAUAUGCUCAAGGAACACAACUUCCGACUGGCUUAUGAAAACUGGUGUUGGUCGACGCAUGCUCCUGAUUGGAAAGACGUAUGGAACAUUGUGCAGCAGGUAGACCGUCCCAAUAUCGGUCUUUGUCUGGAUACUUUCCAGACUGCAGGUGGAGAGUGGGGCGAUCCUAGAACAGCAUCUGGCCUGCGAGAAGAUGUGUCGAAGGAGGAAUUGGAGAAGCGAUUUCAGAAGAGCUUGGAGGAGCUGAGUGCUACUAUUCCGAAGGACAAGAUUUACCUACUGCAGAUCAGCGAUGCGUACAAGGUUCCUCAGCCGUUCAAUGCUGAGCGUGACGAUGCCGGCUUGUUACCUCGUGGACGGUGGAGUCACGAUUUUAGACCUCUUCCUUACAAUGGAGGAUAUCUACCGGUAGUUGAUGUUGCAAAGGCAGUGCUCGAGACAGGCUUCAGGGGCUGGUUCAGUUACGAGGUCUUUGACGGAGGCGCAGAUGGCAAGGCCACAGAUGUAGACAUCGUAUCUUAUGCACACGCUGCGAAGAAUGUGCAAGACAGGAUGAUGCAGGAGUGUGCUGGGCGCAAAGUCUCGGAAGAAAUGGCGACAAGAUAG